AUGGCUGAAGAAGAAUAUGGACGUAGCAUUAAAACCAAUGUGUUCAUAGCGGCAUUCACCACCUCUCACGCACACCUGAAGUUGUAUGGGGCUCUCGACACCUUAAAAGAGCGCGUGUUGUAUUAUGACACGGACAGUUUCAUCUACCGAUCGAAACCAGGGCAGGUGGAUUUACCUCUGCGUGAAUUUUUAGGUGAAUUUACAGACGAAGUCAGUGGGGACCCCAUCGUGGAGUUUGUCAGUGGUGGAGCCAAGAACUACGGCUACCUCAAACGCAGUGGCAAGACCAAGUGUAAAGUUCGUGGCUUUACAUUAAAUUAG